UUGCUGCGUAGCGAUUGGGCCUCCUGGGCAUCACGUGGUCUGAGGCUGGAAAUGGCAGGAGCUGGGGAAGAUUCGCGGGCGCUCUUCGGGGCUGGCGUCCGCGCGGCGCUGGAAGCCUGGCCGGCCUUGCAAGCCGGCUUCCAGGCUGACGUGGUGGGCUCGGGCCUAUGUUCGCAGAUCGCUGUGGAGAAUGGCUUCGGGGGCGUGCACAGCCAGGAGAAGGCCGAGUGGCUGGGGGGUGCAGUAGAGGAGUACUUCUUCCGCAAUGCUGACUUGGAGCUAGAUGAGGUGGAGGAUUUCCUCGGGGAGCUCAUGACGAACGAAUUUGAUACAGUUGUGGAGGAUGGGAGUCUGCCCCAGGUGAGCCAGCAGCUACAGACCAUGUUCUACCACUUCCAGAGGGGUGAUGGGGCUGCUCUGAAGGAGAUGGCCUCUCACAUCACCCAAAGAAAGUGCAGGGUCAGAGCCACUGCAGUUACAACAGCCAGAGAAACGGAUGAAGAUGAUGCGGACAGCGUGGAGGAGAUGGAGGUCACAGCUACGAAUGAUGGGGCAGCUACAGAUGGGGUUUGCCCCCAGCCUGAAUCCACUGGUCCAGACUCCCAGACUAUUAAAGAAGAGGAUAUAGUGGAGGAUGGCUGGACCAUUGUCCGGAGAAAGAAAUGAGUGGGGCUGGAAAUGGUUUGGGCCCUUGCUUGCUAGUUGUUUUGAGACUUGUCUGUAGGGGUUUGGGGGAGGGUUGUGGACUCCUGGACUGGUUGCCCCAUCUCCACCCUCUUCCUGUUCCCCUGUCCAGUUUCCUCCAGGGGAAGAAGAGCGCUAGGGUCCUUGCUCUCUAGGUAGUGUGGCCUGGUUCACCACAGCCCCUUGGGCCUUAAGUUACUAUCUGCACGAUGAGGCCUGGUUUCCCAGCACAUUGCCUCUCAGGUGCGGUCAGUGUGAAGAGGGAGGGAUGAACGGGUGAGGGCGUGACUAGAGGAGAAGCUAAACACUGGUUGACAGUGACCAGGUGGAUCUGUGAAGGGAGAGGACCAGCAGGAGAACCAAUAGCCCUGUUGGGUCAGGAAUGGUGAGAUGAACUUGCAAACCAGAAGCGAGAUGAGUCGAAGAUGUGAACGAAGAUAGCUGUGGUACCUCUCCUUCUCCCCCCGCCCAUACACGCACAGAGCAGCUCUGUACUCCUGGCCAGAAAUUGGAACCUCCCAGGAACACUCCCUUUCUGCAGCUUAGCCUCCAGUCCUGGGUGCCCUCAGGAAGUCUAAGACUUUGGCUAGGUGGUGAGCUUGGGGGACCUGGGCUUUGUUUUCUGGCUCCUCCAACCUCUUUCUGUACACUUAUCCAAAUCCUGGGAUGAGGCUUAAAACCUCAAUGAAUAGUACCUUAUUGUUUAAUCUGUGACUUGACCCAUGGAGAGCCUUGGAAUCAGCCUUUUAGGAGCCGGGCUUCAGAGCUCCAUAGGGGAGCAGUUUCUGGGCCCAUCCUAGUAGCCUGUUACUUUGAACAAACAAACAGAUGGACAAAUGGUACACAGCAGCACUCUGAAAGUUUCCAUAAGCCCGAAAUAAACUGUAUUUUUCUUUAAAAAAACAAAACAAAACAAAGAGUAUCCAUUGUCCUCCCCACCCAUUCCCCUGUCCUGCCCUGUGGCCCUGCCAUGGGUCUGGACGAUAAAAUACUGGGUAGUCUUGGGGCCGGGUGGAAGCUGUAAGCCAUGGGAGAGGCAGGAGGGGUCUGCUCCCCGCCCCAUGUAACACGUGUAAAGACACCGACUGAGGGGGCAGGGCUGGGCCAGGGCCGUAGGGUCAGUGGCAGAGCUGGCACUUGAAUCCAGAUCUCCUGCCUCCAGUGCUUUGGGGGGAAUUGGGUGGAGGCAGGAUCUGUAGGGUGUUGAGGGGAUGGGGGACAAAAUGGCCUAAUUCGGGGGGGGGUCUAGCAACAGCUCCCACCCUUCCUGGGGACAGGGAUUUUAAAAAAAUUAACAUCACUGUAGGAAUUUUUUUUAAAGCCCAUGUUUUGUGAAAAGAUGAAUUAAAAAAACCCAAGACCCAGCACUGGGGAUUGAAAGUGCCCAUGAUGGGAGUUCAAGUAUUGACUGAGCUGGGAGGGAGGGGGCUGGGGCCCCCCAACUGGACAUGGGCAGCUAGGGUGUGGGGCAGGGGGCCCCAGUUCCUCCCAAACCCUCUAGGUCUUGUCUCGGGUCUGGGGGGCUUCGGAGGGUUCAGCAGUGGCUCCUGAAGCUGCCACCGGUGCCUCCUCCAUCUCCCUGUCCUCCGACAGUGUGGGCCCUGGGCAGAACGUGUCCCCACGGCCUGCCCGACCGAGCACUGCCAUCCAGCGCCGCUGCAGCUCCUCCGUCUCGGGGCUGAAGUACCAGCUCAGGUGGCUCUGGGUGAUCUUGAAGACGUGCCUUCUGUCAGGCCGCUCCCCUGCCUCAGGAGGUCCCACCUCAAAGCCAAUGAGGGGCAAGCUGCGCUGGGCUUUCACAUCCUAGGGAACAGGACAGAGCUAGGGUCACCUUGAGUCUGGGCUUCUCACUAGUUUUGCAUCUGCUGAACCCUUCUUUUCCUUCCCCUGCUCAGGAACCUUCCGUGGCUCCAGUGAUAGCAAUAGAAAAAUGUCAACUGAGGCAACUAGCAUGCAGGCUAGUUCAAAUACCUGUUUCCUCCCACAACCAAAACCAGUUGGGCUAGUCUCUUUAGCACAUGUACCAAAUAAUGUUUGCAGGCCUUUGUCUCGGCUCUUGCCUCCACUUACAUGUUCUUCCCCGCUCCAAUUGGACCUAGCAGUGCCUAACCUCCACUCUGGCUUCCUCCAGGAAACUAGCUCCGCCAGCUCACCCCACUUUUCCCUACGCAUGUUGGCCCACAGUCACUCCUUGUCUCUACUUGGUCUUUGUCUCACAAGGGUAGGGGUUCUGAUUUCCUCUUAGCCUUACCCAAUCCCCCAAGGCCAAGGAAAGGUCAAGGACCGAAGGGGAGGAGGAACAGCCUGGUUUUGCCAGGUGGCGGGAAGGACCGAAGGAAUAGGAUGCACACCUGAGGGGCUCCGUAGAUGUACAGCACCAAGGGUUCGUUCUCAGGCACCACGAACCAUGCCUUAUGCCAGCCUUUGCCACCUUUCUCCAUGUAGUGUAGGAAGCUGCAGAUGACGCUGUUCUCCGCAGCCACUGAGGCCUGUUUCUGUGGCCAGAGACAUGGGGGACAUCAGUGUCAAUAGAAGGCCUGGCUUGGCUCCUCUUGGCUUUGACAACCCCUCAGCAUAGGGAUUGAUGAAGCUGACGCUCGGAUGGCAGGAGGGAUUUGUCCAGUGCCCCUCGCCCUCCCUCCCCCCACAGUGAGUUAGACUGGAGACCAAAAGCCAGGCUUGUCUGCUGAACUGCCAUGGCUGCUGCCUCCGAAGAGUUGGUGGGAGGGGUGUCUCAGCAGGGGCACCUGGCUGCUGCGCAGGCAUUCUUCCAUCAGUCACGCAUUCCUCAAGUCACUUAGGCCUUUACACCUCCCCUGUUCGUCCUCUUCCAUCAUACACCUGUGCCUUACAUUUAGCAAGAGGCAACCUAGCAUCGUGGUGAAGAGGACUGGGAAGCUGGGUAAGGCAGUCUGGCUCAGAAUCCCAGCUCGAGAUGAAAAUGUACUGACUUGGAGAACAUACAGGUCCGUUGUAAGGAUUAAAUGAGUUAAUGUAUGCAAAAUGCUCUGAAUAGUGCCUGGCACAGAGUAAGCAUUCUUUUUUAAAAAAAGAUUUAUUUAUUUGAGAGAGCGAGAGCGAGUGCGCAUGCACGCUAGUGGGAGUUAGGGGGCAGAGGGAGAGGGAGAGAAGCCUCAAGCAAACUCCCCGCCGAGUGAGGAACUCACCACAGGGCUCAAUCUCAGGACCCUGAGAUCGUGACCUGAGCUGAAAUCAAGAGCCAACCGCUUAACUGACUGAGCCACCCAGGCGCCCCCAGAGCAAGCAUUCUUUGAGUGUUAAAUAAAAUAAAUACCUCAAUUUGGUUAAAAAACAAAACCAAAAAUGUGUGUACAUGCUAUAGCACAGCUAUUAAUAGUAGUGAUCUAGUGGGUAGAAGCAAUACGGUGUUUUAUUAUUUCUGUUUAUAUUGUCUAAUUUUCUUCAGUGCACAUAUCCUACUUUGUAAUAAGAAAAGAUAAUUUGUUAAUUGAGAAAACAUCCUAGCUCUGCCAUUCGCUGGCUGUGUAAUUUGGGCAAAUAACUCCCUGGGCCUCAGUUUCCUCAUUUGUAACCCAGGGAUAGUAAUAGCAUGGAUAGUUUAGUUACUGUGAGGAUUAAACGUCUAAAGCACUUAAUAAAAAUCGGUCUUUCAUUGA